GAAAACAUCCAAUCCCCUUCUAGAAUCCAAAGAACUUUCCUUUUCCAGACGUCUCACAUCGUUGUUCAACGAUCAAGAAACGAUAAUGGUGGAGUCCACCAACUCUUUCCAAAUUCAGCCUUUUUGUUUUCAUUUGAUCAAUUCUUCCUUUUGUUUUUUUGUUUUUUUUUCUUAGUUGUUCAAAUUAUUAGUUUACAUCAGCACACCACCAUUUGCAAGGAGAGAGAGAUGAUGGAUUAUUAUGAGCUUGCAGCUAUGUCUUCUUACCAAGAACCCCUUAAGGUUCUCGAGGCUGAUAUCCACCACGCUAAUGUGUUCUUCUAUACCAAGAGGCAAGAGUGGUACCUGUGUGCAAAUGAAAUUGGUAUACAAUCACUUGGCACCCAUUUGUCUGCUGCUACUCCAAUUGAUGAAUUGUUCGUGUACAUGUCUACUUUCGAGUUAUUUAAAUCUUUUCCACAUAGUUUUGUAUCAGGUAUGCUCAGAUGGGAAGCCAAAGGUCUCUUCAUGCAGAAGGAAAGCAACCAUUAGGGAAUUCUAUGCUGUUAUAUUACCGUCACUUCAAUAUCUCCAUGGUGAUCCAAUGGAAUUGGCCAUGACUCAAGCAGAAGAUUGUAUGGAGGUGGUUGUCAAGAAAAGACUGGAGGGUAGGAGGAAAUUUUUAGAUAUGGAUUUAGAGAGGGAAGAUGAAUGUGGGAUAUGUUUGGAGCCUUGUACAAAAAUGGUUGUGCCAAACUGCUGUCACUCAAUGUGCAUCAACUGCUACCAUGACUGGAACACAAGAUCAGAAUCUUGCCCAUUUUGCCGGGGAAGUCUGAAAAGAGUGAAUUCAGGUGACUUAUGGGUUCUCACUUGCAACAAGGAUGUCAUUGACACUGAAACUGUGUUAAGAGAGGAUAUAUUGCGGUUCUAUCUUUAUAUAAACAGCCUGCCUAAGGAUAUCCCUGAUGCUUUGUUCUUGGUGUAUUAUGAGUACUUAAUCUAACCUUUACACACUUGAAGAUUGAUGUACAGAGGAAAAUGCUGACCAUCACAUGUAAAUAUUCUGGUGAGAUUUUCAUGUUGAAGUUUUCAUUUCUACUUGAUAAUUGUUCAGAAUAAUGUAUAUGCUGUGUAUAAUAGACCCCAUUAUUUAAUAUUAUGUCUAGCAAAUUUUUAUGACAAACAAUUUCCCCAAAAUUAAUGCGCAAGGAUAAAGAAUGUGACAUAGGGAAACUUGAGAAGCUAAUAAAUAUUGAUGAACUGUACUGUCAGAAGGUCAAUACUUGAAAACUGGUUGAAUGAGUAUUGAGUAUGGCAUUUUUUCAUUGAUUGAUAUGUUGGAACAGUUAAAGCAAAGUCACAAGGGUUUAUUGAGAAUAUCAUUUCCCAACAAUACUUAGAUGUUUUAAUAUUAAGACAUACUUCCUUUGGUUUACUAAUGGGAAACUGUUCCAAAAAAUUAUUUUAUAGUUCCCAAUUUGAAUCACAUUUUGGAAUUCAACUUGGGGAAAAAUUUAUUUAGUUUCAACAUGUGAGCAUGCAUUCUGCAUUUUUCAUUAAAAAAUGGACUGGAAAUUAGGGAUAAAAUUUGAAUUGUUUUUAAUCAAAGCGACUGCA